GCCUUCGAUUUUCCGACGAAAUUCCGUCCAGUCGUCCACCAGGUCGAGUCAGGAAGUCCCGCUUUUGUCGAUUGAUGGCGACUUUUAGGGUAGUUUCUUGGAUUUUCUUUUUUGGUUGGCCUGCUUUGAAAUGUUCAUUGGUUAAUUGGUUAUAAAUUUCGUGGUGGGGGUUAAUUGGUUUGGUGAUUGUUCAUCGGGUUUAUAAAUUUCGUGGUGUUUUAUCGGUAAGAGAUCGUAGCCGAGCUCUAGAGGCCUGAGUGCCUGAUUGCCUUGAGGCUGAAUUGAGUUUCUUUCGGCGUUUUGGGUUGGGGUAGGUAAGGGUGUUGUUAGGAUGGCUCUGUUGGAUUCUGCAGCUAGGGCAAGGGAUUCCUCCCAGUCGCCUGUAAGGUUGCGGCUCGAAUCUUCUCCAAUCGAGGCGAAUUGUGGUGUGGCAGCUGGGUUUGGUGGUGCGGAUAGAGGGGGAGAUUCCACCGAAUUGCAACCGAGGGAGAUGAAAAUUUGGAGCUUGGGUGGUGCUCCUGAGGAGAAUCUUAUUGGGUUCCUUCCCAAGUUACCUCUCGACGAGAAGGCCGUCGCACGCAAGCUCUCUCUACCAUGUGUGGCAAUGCUGCAAGAAAAGUAUGUUCUGCAGACAUCACCAAGAAAAGGGCGUAGGAUGAGGAGAUGGAGAAGGGUGAGGAGGGAACAAAGAGACAACAACCCAUUGAAUCUGAAUGUCCAUUUUCUGGUGCUAGCCACAGGGUACUCGCUAGGGAUAGGAUCAAAGAUAAUAUCUGGGGAUUGUGUUAGUAGGAAAAGGAUUAGGAUGAGGGAUCUUGGUGUUGCGCGGAUACGGCGCAGGUCGCGGCGAAGCGCUUUGAGGGACAAGGGUGAGGCUUGCAUUUUUGAGUCUUACUUCAUAGCAUCUGGUGCAGGUAGUAGUGCUGUUGGCAGCAGCAGCAGCAGCCAUCAGAUAAUGUCGAUGAGCUACGACGGGGAUCAAAGCGAGGACCGGCAAAGCGAGGAGGUUCAAUCAGCAUACAAGAGCCACGGUGGGGGCGUGUUGAGGGGGUAUUUUAAUUUGGAUCGGUCUGAAGAACAAAACGAGGAGAAUGAGUGGAGUUGGGUGCCUCAAGACGCUGAUCCUCUAGCUGAAUCGAUGUCUUCGCUUCAGACAACACAAGCAGCUCUUGAAAAUGAGAUGCAGAAAUUGUCAGAACUUAGCAAGGAGUUAGGGGCUGACAACUUCAGCGGUGAUAACAGAGAACACAAUUUGUUCGUCUCUCCCAGCAAGGAUGAUGUGCUGGAAACGAACGAAAAGAUGAGCCGUCUCAGACAGAAACUGGAAGAAGCGUCGAGCACUAUCAGAGAGAAGGAUUCAAGAUUACUGGAGCUUCAGGAACGUCUUGACACCGCGCAUGCGCCGACGUCGGAGCAGGAGGCCUUCGACAUCGGCCAGCUGGAGAUGGACCUCGACCACCAGCUCCAGGAGAAAAUCGAGGCCGAAAUCCAGUCACUGGUCAUGCUGAAGGCGAGGCAGAGCUGGCAGGUCCGGACAGAGGACCAGCUUGCCCUGAAGGAGCACAGGCUCAAGCUGUCCUCCGGCGCCGGCGGCGGCGGCGACGGCGACACGAGGAUGAUGCUCAAGCUACGGGAGACGGAGAGCAAGAUCGUCAAGCUGAAGGAGCAGGUGGAGAAGCUGGAGGCGCAGGAGAGGGAGCUGUUCGGGACGACGCAGGUGCUGAGGAUGCAGAGCAGGACGUUCAAGAUAUGCCUCUCCGGCCUCGUCCAGCUGGUCCUGCUCUUCCUCUCCCUCAAGGCGUUCCUCAGCCUCUUCUCUGACCCAUUCGAUGACCUUGUGCCGACGUGAAUAGCGUGAUUGAUUCAUUCAGUUCUCAACCACUGAUUGGCGUGUGUGUCUGUGUGUUUGUUUACCCUGGCGUGUAAAUAUGGUCGCUAAUGAUUCGCAGCGUGUGUUAGGGCCUAAUAUUGAUGUACUAGUAGUUGAUUAGCUGGUUGCAGGUUGUGAUGUACAGCUGACGCUACGCAAACUCUUGUAAAAAAAAAUGUGUCACUUUGUGCAUAAACUGAUAAGCUAGCCAUUACGGUCUGGAUAAGGAUGGAAGUCAUGCAUUCAACA